GUAUGGCCUUUGUAAACCUUUGACAAACUAAGUAGAACAUGAAAAGUAUGUUAAUUUUUGUACAGUUUCAAAAUCAGUCUUUAAUGUUGACAUGCAAAAAAUGUGGUACUUUCGGUUUCAUUUCCUAAAUUUCAGCCUCCCAGCCCAAUCCCUACCAGGAUAAUACCCAUAACACACUCACUAGGACACAGCAUACGCACAGCAAGAAAGCAGCAAGAACAGAUCUACUUCAUAAAUAAGGUGUAACGAUGGCUAACAUUAAAACAUUAAAUGAAAUUGGACACCUCAACUCGUCUGGCUUUGGUAGGCCUUGGCCCAGGCAUGGGCUUUACCUGCUCCACUGGUUCUCCCAUAACUACGUCAUAUUCGACAACAAUGGUGACCUGCUGGCGCUGUACAACCCCAAAAGGAAGGAGUUCGGCUUCCAUCACUUCGAUAACCGACUCGAGUGUGACGGUAACUGUUAUAAACUGCUCCCCAACCAGAACUAUCCAUACUAUGAGGUGGGCAACCUGAAUACCCCAGGGGCAGGUGACCUGCCACCAUACGUUAGUCAGAACUACAAAGGACACCAUGAUGACAGCAAUAUGGACCGUAUCAUCAUCAGUCUUCAUCCCGGCUUGGUGUUGGAUAAAGUCUAUGUGACACAACACGAGGAUGUGAGGACCUUUGAUCGCCAGAACACCUAUCGGAUCAGUAAGGGUUUGGUCAGGCUCAUCCGUAAUCUGGAACUGGAGGAGCUGCUAAGGCAAGUUGGGUACCCCAGAACCAUUAUGUUUGUCAAAGCAGUCAAGCGGCAAGAGACUCCAGCUCGAAGUCACACCACCGUUUAUCAACCAGCUGUCAGCCAACCUGACUGGGUCAACAACAAGAGGCCCUCUGUUGUGAGUCCCAGGCCAACACCAUCAAGGGAGUCUGUGAUUGACAUGCCACAUGAUUUAUUUUGCUCUCACGAAGCAUUAAGUCAUGUGUCUGUCAGUAUCCCCGAGAGCAGAGACUCCCAUAAGCCUCGGCGGGAGAGGCGAUGCUGUGUCAUUCUGUAGACUGGGCCAAAGAGAGUCAAAAGGGUUCAUUUUACAGGACGAAUCGGGAAAUAACUGUGUACAACAUUUAUUACAGUGCUCCUAUAAGUAGGUUUACAGUGCAACACUAUUGUAAGUACUCAUUAUUGUUACACUGUACCUACAGCAGUGACCCUAACCCUAAGUCACUUUUUAAACAAUUAUUUAGAAUAAAGUAUUUUUUUAAUUAAAAAUCAUUUAUUUCAACAUACAAUCACUUCUUUAUAUGUGUAGAUUUCUGAAAGAUUAUAAUCAACCUCUAUACUUCUAGAGAAAACUACAAUACAGCCCAAUGGCAGCCCAGUUACCUGGUUUGUAACAGAACACAGAACCUGUUCCAGGUUUGGAACAUAAUACAGAACCUGGUCCAGGUUUGGAACAGAAUACAGAACCUGUUCCAGGUUUGGAACAGAAUACAGAACCUGGUCCAGGUUUGGAACAGAAUACAGAACCUGGUCCAGGUUUGGAACAUAAUACAGAACCUGGUCCAGGUUUGGAACAUAAUACAGAACCUGUUCAAGGUUUGGAACAUAAUACAGAACCUGUUCCAGGUUUGGAACAUAAUACAGAACCUGUUCCAGGUUUGGAACAGAACACAGAACCUGUUCCAGGUUUGGAACAGAACA